AUGGAUUAUAUGAAUCUUGGGGUAACCUCAAGAAAGACAGGCAUCAAAAUAGAGGGUGGCAUAGGUAAGGAUGAAUAUUCUAUGGAGAAUGUGGACGAGUUCUUUAAGGAUGAAGAAAGCUCAAUGUCGAUCAAAAGAAAGAGCCGGAAAUCGUCUUUACUUUCUUUUCAAAAAUCUGUUUUACCUGAAGGCUUUGCAGAUACGUCGAGAAGGAGUUCUAAUUUUCUUCCACCAAGCGUGCCGACCAUUCCAGAGGACGGAAACGAGCACUCGCUAGGCCAAUUACAAGACGGUGAAAGCUUCGAGGAGCGCAAUACUGUCGAAUACGGGAUAAAUGAUGAGCUUUCUCCUGCACCGGCUUUUGUCAACUUUCCUGAAGAGUCAAACAGACCCAAAAGACGGCCCGUCAAUUUUGGACACCCCACACAUGAAUAUGUGGGGGGACGAGAUACCGAAGCCGACGAGGAAGAAGAUGACGGUGCUACCAUCCCAAAAACGCCAGAAUCAGACUAUGGAAACGAGAGCUACCGCGACGUCCCUGAUUUAGUUGCUGACGAGGAGGAUGAACCUUCUCACGGAAAUACGACUUUCAAUACUUCAGACAAUGCUUUAAUGGAGGAUGAGAUAGAUUAUGACUAUCAACCCCACAACGAUAAUGAUCAAUACCAUAUCGGAGAAAGAGUUCAGCAUAAAGUUGGCCGCACGAGGCCUUCCUCUUCAGACGGCGACGACGAUAGCUCUGCAGCUUCCUCCCAUGACGAUGAUAGUGAGGGAGGAAAUGACACCGGUAUCCUUCUUGGCAGGUCCACGAAAAAACAAGAUGUUAGGAGAGCUAUUGAAGAAGAAGCCUCGGAUAGUAGCUCCGAGGAAGAUUUUAUGAAGAAUCAGGCUCGAACGCUGGGGGAGGAUGUUAAUUAUUCUAAAGUCAAUGGUGUAAGAAAGUCCAAUCGCGUUAAGAUAGCACCUUUAGAGUACUGGAGGAACGAGAGAGUAGUAUACAAACGUAAGUCGAAGAAACCUGUGCUGGAAAUUGACAAAGUUAUUACUUUCGAGAAAGAUGACGAUGAGGAAGAAGAAAUGAAAAGGAAUAAAAAAGCAAAUACUAGACCCUUCAAUUACGCUCCUUCAGGGCGACCUAGAGGCAGACCCAGAAAAAACCAAAGCCUCACAAACGCAAGGGUGGGCACAUCCGCAGAUCAGCAAUUGAUAGAAAAAAUUAAAUCGGGCUUCAUACAGCGCUCUGAGUGGUUUUCUGAGGGGAUUUUUAAAGGACAAGUGCAUAUUUCUGCAAGUGGUGAAGAAGGAGAAGAGGUCUUGGCACAAAGGCAGCCUCCAGAACUGGAGCCCGAAUUUCAAAAUGGCGGUAAAGAAUUUAUGUUGAAAGCACUUUUUGACAAACAACGCCACUUGUUUGCCAGUGGGAUACUGACAAUACCUAUAGGAUCAAGGAAGAGGCCUUCUGAUGCCAAUAAUGUUUUCCUAAAUUUUUACGUCAUAACAGGAGUCCUUGAAGUUACAAUCAACGAUAACAGCUUUCUGUGUACCGAGGGAUGCAGCUUUCAAGUUCCAGCACAUAAUGACUAUGCUCUUGAUAAUAAGGGGAGAACCACUGCGAAAAUGUAUUUCGUGCAAGUCAAUAUCUUCUCUGAUGGUGUUGAAUUAUACAACAAAAUUGGCGAUGGUAAAGAUACGAGAAAUUCACUAAGUGAUAUGAGCAUAUCCAGAAGUUGA